CAGGGACUAAUAAGGCCAUGAGAGCAAGCUAACAGCUCCCCUCCUAACUCCCAAGAAACCAAUAUUUCCUUCCUGUUUGCCUUAGAAACUCGCCAUAAAUAUUCACUUAAAAAUCAUCAAUAGUACCACCACCCACACUCACCCCUCACUCUCCACCUCAAAGGCCGAAAAAAAAAAAAAAGGACUCUCUUGUGCUUGCUACCACAAAGCAAACUCAUUUCUCUAAGCCUUUGCUGGAUUUUAGGUGGCUUUGUGCAGCCUCUAUCCUGGUUUUGUUUCUCUCUUCUGUUUCCAUUACCACCAACUCACUACUGUUAAAGCCCAACUGCUCAGCAUCAUUUCUACUCCCUUAGACAAGCCACCUUCUUUCCAACUCAAACCACCAGUAGUCCUCACCUCUUCUUCUGGGCCCAAGAGCUUCUGGCUGUGAAGCUCCCUCCCUUCUUCUUCUAGUACCAGAACAUACCAUAGAUGCCUCCCAUUCAUUAAAGAAACCAUCUUGGGUUCCCCUUCUCUGGCUUUCUUCCUGCUAUAACUGUCCUGCCUCCUUAGUUGUUAACGCAAAAGCUCCAGACCUUUCUUUCUCGGUUGUUUAAAGCCAAACCUGUAGCUCAUUCUCUUCACCACCUUCUCCUCCUCCAAAAUCCCAUCGACAAGAUGAUCACAGCUGCCGAUCUCUACCACGUCCUCUCGGCCGUAGUCCCGCUCUACGUCGCCAUGAUCCUGGCCUACGGCUCCGUCAAAUGGUGGAGGAUAUUCAGCCCCGACCAGUGCUCCGGCAUCAACCGCUUCGUCGCGCUCUUCGCCGUCCCCCUCCUCUCCUUCCACUUCAUCUCCACCAACAACCCCUACGCCAUGAACUACCGCUUCAUCGCGGCCGACACCCUCCAGAAGCUCAUCGUCCUCGUGGUCUUGGCCAUUUGGUCCAAAACCAGCUCCAGAGGGUGCUUGGAGUGGACCAUAACACUCUUCUCCCUCGCCACACUUCCAAACACUCUCGUCAUGGGCAUCCCCUUGCUCAAGGGAAUGUAUGGCCCCGCUUCGGGGAGCCUCAUGGUCCAAAUCGUCGUCCUCCAAUGCAUAAUUUGGUACACAUUGAUGCUCUUCUUGUUUGAGUACAGGGGAGCUAAGCUUCUCAUCACCGAGCAGUUCCCCGACACCGCCGGCUCCAUCAUCUCCUUCCGGGUCGACUCCGACAUCAUCUCCCUCGACGGCAAGGAGCCGCUGCAGACCGAGGCUGAGGUCGGGGAGGAUGGGAAGCUCCAUGUCACGGUGAGGAAGUCGACGAGCUCGCGCUCGGAGAUAUAUUCCCGCCGGUCACACGGCCUGAAUUCCGGCGUCUCCAUCACUCCCCGACCAUCCAAUCUAUCGAAUGCCGAGAUAUAUUCGCUUCAGUCGUCGAGGAAUCCGACGCCAAGGGGGUCCAGUUUCAACCACACCGAUUUCUAUUCCAUGGUGAAUGGGAGGAAUGCGAGUGGUGUGAGCCCGAGGCAUUCCAACUUUGGGAACGUGGGCUUCGACGAGGAGAGUGGUGGCGGGGUGGCGGCGGGGAUUCCCAAGGCGAAUGGGGUGGCGGGCGGAUAUCCGGGGCCGCCGGGCACCGGAAUAUUCUCUCCCGUGGGGGCGAAGAAGAAGGUGGGUGGGGGUGAGGGGGGGAAGGAUCUGCACAUGUUUGUUUGGAGCUCGAGUGCUUCGCCGGUGUCGGAGGGAGGGAUGCACGUGUUUAGAGGGGGGGAGUUUGGAAAUGAGCAUGGUGGAGCAGCUCACCCAACCGAUCACCAUCCAAAAGAUGCCUAUGAUGUAUAUGGUCGCGAUGACUUCAGCUUCCAGAACAGAGCUGGUACCCAGGGAAUGGACUCACUGCAGAAGGAUGGGCCUAGUCUCUCGAAGCUCGGUUCCAAUUCCACAGCUGAACUCCACCCGAAAUCUGGGGCUGAUGGAGAAAUCAAGCCGACUUCGAUGCCACCUGCUAGUGUGAUGACCAGGCUUAUUUUGAUCAUGGUCUGGCGAAAGCUAAUUAGAAAUCCAAACACCUACUCCAGCCUAAUUGGUGUCAUCUGGUCACUAGUUUCUUUCAGAUGGAAUAUUGAAAUGCCUGCAAUUAUUGCUCGCUCGAUCUCCAUUCUAUCAGAUGCAGGGCUUGGAAUGGCCAUGUUCAGUCUUGGUUUAUUUAUGGCAUUGCAACCAAGGAUUAUAGCUUGUGGCAAUUCGAUUGCUGCAUUUGCAAUGGCUGUCAGAUUUGUUACAGGCCCUGCUGUCAUGGCUGCAGCCUCAAUUGCUGUUGGACUUAGAGGCGUUCUCUUGCAUAUCGGCAUCGUACAGGCAGCUCUUCCUCAAGGAAUUGUUCCAUUUGUGUUCGCCAAGGAGUAUAAUGUCCAUCCUGAUAUUCUAAGCACAGGGGUUAUCUUUGGAAUGCUGAUUGCGCUCCCCAUCACCCUAGUUUACUACAUAUUGCUGGGACUCUAAAGCUCAACGGACCUUUUGCAUUCAUCAACAGAGCCAAGGUCAAACGGAUUCUGUAAAGAUUUUUAACUUAUCUGGUAGUUUAGUAUUCCCUAGCCUGACUGAGAUAGCCGAGGUUUUGGCAGCGAAGUAUCUGGCAAAAAAGAAGUUUCAAUUUAGGGACUAGUGGCUUAGAUAGUUUAAAUGAUCAGGCUUCAAAUCCAUGUAACUCUUUUAUUUUAUUUGAAGACUCUUGCAUCUGGUGUUUCAGUCUCCUAUUUUAAGAAGAAUGUAAAAAGGUCAUAUUAGUAUCUUGAUCUUUGUUUUGAUCCAAUAUGGAUUUCAUUCUGGUA